AUGAACCCGCCAAGCCACGAUGAAGUCGACCGAGUGCUCCGGCUCAAGCGCAAAGAACGCGAACCCUGUGGCACCUGCCAGAAGCGAAAUCACCCGCAUAUCUGCACAUAUGUUCCGAUCCGAGAUCCGAGGAGGGAGCCUCAACAAGCUACUGCCUCUGCAUCACCAAGUCCAGCACGCCGAUCAACUCGAAGAACUGAGGCUGAUUUUAGCCCGUCGGCUUCUACCCUUCGACCAGAUGAUGCAGCGAAGAACUAUGUCUACUCCGGAGAUAACUCAGUCGUCUCGAUAUUGCGCUCAAGGGCAUCGGAUGGGAAUGAAUCUAUGACUCGUGACCUGGGGUCGGUCCUGGGUCUUCAAAACACUUUGAACACUUACCCAUUCAUGGACCUGAAGACCCCACAGGAGCGAUGGAGUUCCCUGCUCAGUGUUUUGCCCCAGAGAAAUGAAGUGUUGAAUCUCCUACUAGCAGCUUUGGCUGCUGGUGCUCAUUACUCAGACAUCGAGUACCCCCAGCGAUUGGAGUUGGUAACUGAUUUCGUUCGUCGAUCAUUCCAUGCCCUCCGUCUAGCCAAUUUUCUCUUCCGACCAUCUCUCGAUACCAUCCAAGCACUUCUCAUAAUUGGCAACACCCUGCAGAAUUUGGGUCAAUCAGACGCGGCUUGGGCGCUGUUAGGCACGACCGUUCGGCUUGCUCAAACGAUGGGGUUGCACACAGAGCGAAGUAAUGUUAAUUGGCCGGAGUCCACUAUAGUAUGGCAAGAUAGCUUGUUGUCGAUGAGCUACGAUCGCCCGCCAAUCGUUACAGUAACUGGAUGGUCCGUCGACCCUAGCACCUUACAGAAAGACAACCUGUCAUAUCUUCAGGUCAUGCAUUCCCUAUGUCACCUCGGUAUAGAUAUCAUGCGGCCAGAAUCUUCUAGCACCAAUGAGUUUGACCGAGGAAUCGAAGCACUACAGCGGUUGGACACAUUAUAUCAAGGCGGACAACCCCAUCUACAGAUACGAAGCAAUUGCACAACCUUGCAGGAGCAUCUUGAGCACCUAGCACUUAGAAUGCAUUCGUCUUUUUGCGUGUCCGUGGUAUGCCGCCCGGCAAUGAAACAGUCCCAGCCGCAGCCACAGCUCCUUCAGGCCAAUAUUCUACGGAACCGGGCAAAGGGAAGUCUGAUUGAAGCUUCUCGGGCAUUUCUCGAUUUUCAGGCCCUGAGCGUGGUACCAUUGCGUAGCUGGUCGAUGGUGCAUACUGUCUUGAGCUCAACUCUGCUUCUCUGUAUGUGGGAAGAAACUCGAAAUGAUCCUGAAUGUCGGGAUCUACAGCAGCGUGUCAUUGAUGUGUUCACUUCAUCGAACUCCCGAACAAUAGAGGAAGGUGCAGAGAAUGAUAUUCAGUGGCUAUCUGCGAGACAUAUUCGUGCUUUGGUUACCCUUCGUGGUGCUUUAGACCGACAGCAAGAUGUCAGUGUUCCUGAGAACGAGACCUGGGCGGGGCCUGGUCUCAAUCCUGGUCUCUUCGGUUCGGGUAUACCCGAUGCAUUUUUCGACAUUGCAAACCCAAUUGACAACUCGCCUGUAUCUUAUCUUGAUUCGAUCAUGAAUGAUCCGAUGUUCGACUUUACCCAAGAAAAUGGCUUUCUAUGA